AUGGGUGGCACUUCAAAGCAACAACAGGGUGAUGGUGGCAAAAGUCCACAGUGUAUCCGGUCAGUAUUACCGGAGGAAGAAGCUGAUCAAAUAGUUAACUCGGAUGGAGGAGAAGUUGCUCUAAAAAAAGGUAUCGAAGCUGAUCAAACAGUUAACUCGGGUGGAGGAGAAGUUGCUCUAAAGAAAGGUCCGUGGACAAAGGAAGAGGAUGAAAUUUUGAAAGAUCAUAUUAAAAAGCAUGGAGAGGGAAACUGGAAAGCAGUCCAAAAGAAAUCAGGACUUGCUCGUUGUGGGAAAAGCUGUCGUCUCCGAUGGUCAAAUCACUUGAGGCCAGGAGUGAAAAAAGGUUCGUUUACUGCCGAAGAAGAACGCCUAAUCAUUGAGUGUCACUUUCUGAAGGGAACCAAGUGGGCUCAUAUGGCUAAAAUGCUGCCUGGACGUACAGAUAACGAGAUAAAGAACUUUUGGUACACAAGAUCUAAGAAACGGAAUCGAGAUGGCUUACCAAUCUAUCCUGACGAGAUAAUAUCUAAAUAUUCGUUAAAUGACAGUCAAGAAAGUGCUGACACAUUGCCAAAUGAAUCCAACCAGCAUGAUGAAACAGAAACCUUCAACUUUGAUAUAUCUGACUUGGACCUUAAAUAUUACAAAUUCCGCCCAGAUAUGAUGCCACCACUUUUUGAUUCUCAAGAUUACAAACCAAUUAGCGACUUGGUUAGACAGUGCUCAGAUUCGUCUCAUAAUACCUUAUACAUGCCUAGUGCAGUAGUUCAGUAA